AAAUUGCUGCAAUAUAUCAGUUGUUUUUUAGUCUCCAAUGUAGAUAUUGUACAUUGCUACCAAACGACUUGCUAAUCAACUAUGCUAUGGCUGGCUACCUUACACUGAUUGCUUGCUGUUGUUGACAGUUGGUGUUGCCAGGAUAUGUUCACUGAAUACCACUCCUGUCCUCCGACCCAUUCUAGUCUACAAUGAUUUAAACUGUCAGUCAUCUAAACAUGAGUGCCCAGGACUUAAUAACAUUCAAUAUUGGAGGUAAAAAAUUCACCACUACUCUGUCAACUCUCAGAAGACACCAAGACUCAAGAAUAGCUAGGAUCCUCGACGGCAAAGACACAGAUUUUAAAGUUAUCAGUGGGCAAGUUUUUGUAGAUAGAGAUUGGACUUUCUUUAAAUACAUCCUGGAUUAUAUGAGGACAGAUCAAAUCACCCUGCCAGCAGAAUUCUCUGACUACAAUGGCUUGGCUCAAGAGGCACAGUUCUAUGGUUUGUAUCCAUUGGCACUUUGGGUUGAGAGGAACAUCCAUCGAUCCAGAGUUGAGGUUCUAGAAUUGCGCUUCUCUGUCCAGGAAACUCACGGAUUCUUCCGAAUAUUCUGCUCCAACAACAAAACUCUGGAGGCUUUGGCCACAAAGAUAUCAAUUUUCGUGGAACAUCCUAAUCUGCAUGGGAAUUUUCCACACCUGCCUCAGAACUCCAACACACCUCGUCCUGUACCGGUCCAGAGACCCUCUCACCACGACCUGGUGUUCCACUGUGGGACUGACCAACUAGCCAGGGACGACUUCUCUGCCAGGUUUGUAACUAUUGAGCCGGACGACAGAAAGCUUCUCAACAGCACCAACGUCCUGGGCCUGCUGGUAGACACCCUUCUGAAGGAUGGGUUCCGCCUGAUAGGCACAAGGACAGUUUCCCCAGAGGAGAAGAUUGAAUGCUACAUGUUUGAAAGAAGUAGGAAUACCCAGAUCGUUGUACUGAGUGAAACCAACAGGGCAGAACAUCUCAGAAGAGAGGACACACAGAGCAAGCUUGGUGAAGGAAAGACAAAUAAGUGAACUCAAAAGUGUCAGGGUGCAUCUCAAAAGUCUGAAGUAGUUCUCUUUCCAUGUCCAGUUCUGUAAUAUCAGUGGACUUCAGACUAUUGUCUGGGUUGACCAGGAGAUGGCGACAAAGGAUAAUAAUAUUGAGGGCCAUAAUGUCAAUAUCUUUCACCUCACUGUUAGUCUCUAUUCAUACAGUAUAUUGUAUUUGACAUAUCAAUUUGCUGUGUCCUAAAGUAUAUUUCCAAAAGUACAAUUUUCAAAAUGUAAAUAGAUUUGAGAAUUUAUUUGAUCAACAAUACAAAUAAAAACAUAAAUAAAAUAAAAAUAAACAUGUUGUUUAAUUCAGCCAGGUAGCCCAUA